AUGGAGGAAUUUGACUCCGAAGACUUUUCGACCUCCGAGGAAGACGAGGACUACGUGCCGUCGGGUGGAGAGUAUAGUGAAGAUGAUGUAAAUGAAUUAGUGAAGGAAGAUGAAGUGGAUGGUGAAGAGCAGACACAGAAAACUCAAGGGAAAAAAAGAAAGGCUCAGAGCAUUCCAGCCAGAAAGAGAAAACGGGGUGGCCUCUCAUUAGAAGGAGAAGAAGAUGUGGCUGCCGGAGCGGAAUCUGGAGGGACCAGCAGUGAGGAGGAAGAUGGGUCUGCAGAGCAGGAAAAGGGCAGUGAGUCAGAAGAUGCAAGAAAAAAGAAGGAGGACGAACUCUGGGCCAGCUUUCUCAAUGAUGUCGGACCAAAAUCAAAAGUGUCUGUUGCAAAUACACGAGUUAAGAGAGAAGAGGAAGCUGCAGAAACAAGUUCAAAUAAGUUGGUGAAACUUGAGGAUCUGACAAGGCCUCCAGAAGCUGAAAAGGUCAGGAUCACCAAGGUGUUUGAUUUUGCUGGUGAAGAAGUCAGGGUGACUAAGGAGGUGGAUGCUACAUCUAAAGAAGCCAAAUCUUUCUUCAAGCAAAAUGAAAAAGAGAAACCACAGGCGAACUCCCCUUCAGCUCUCCCCUCGGUCCCUGCAGGCUCAGGGUUAAAGAGACCAAGUGGCAUGAGCAGCCUCCUGGGGAAAAUCGGAGCCAAGAAGCAGAAAAUGAGCACCCUUGAGAAAUCCAAGUUAGAUUGGGAGAGUUUCAAGGAGGAAGAAGGAAUCGGGGAGGAGCUGGCCAUCCAUAAUCGAGGGAAAGAAGGGUACAUUGAACGGAAAGCUUUCCUAGACCGAGUGGAUCACAGGCAGUUUGAAAUUGAGCGAGAUCUCAGGCUGAGCAAGAUGAAGCCCUGA